AUGAAGCCUGCAUCAUUUUUUGACGACGAUUAUGGAAAAUUACAAAAGAAAAUCUGGGAUCCAGUACCCGGCAAUAAGACUGUUAGCAACCUUGAAACUGUUUAUUUAUGCAAUCAAUUUUAUAAGAGAUCAAAGAAAGUAGGUAAAUCUAAGCAAAUCUACUACGUUCUCACUGAAGAAGGACUCUAUUAAGUUAAAAAAAAUGAAGUACUUUGUGGUUUUAUGGAUUUAACUUGCGUUAAGAUGGACCUCUUGAUAGAGGUUUAGGAUGCUAAAACUAUAGACACAAGCUUGGACAGUAAUCCUAAUAAUGUUCAUGGAUUCCGUCUUUCCCGUAACGGCAAAUCAAUUGAAUUCUACACAAAUGAUAACUUACUCUACAAGAAUUGGAAAAAUGUCCUUAUCUAUCGUUGUAUUUAAAGUACUUUUCAUGAAGAGUUUAUUGUAACCAAGAUGAUUGGUAAAGGUUCUUUUGCUAAAGUCUAUCUUGCAACAAAGAAGUCAUAAAAUAUCUAAUAUGCAAUUAAAGCCUUCAAUAAAGAAUUCAUGCAAAAUUAGCACAAAGGUAAAGAGUCCUUAAUAAAUGAAAUUUCGAUUAUGCGUUAAUUGAACAAUGAUCAUUUAAUCCGUCUUUAUGAAGUAUACGAAACCACUAACUCCAUUUACUUUGUUGUUGAUCUCUUGAAUGGUGGUGAAUUACUUCAUCGUAUUCGUGAAAAAGGAUCUAUAAAUGAAAAGGAGCUCCGUGUCCUAAUACGUAAUCUUAUUUUAGCCUUAGAGCAUCUCCAUUAGAAGAAUAUCAUGCAUAGAGAUUUAAAGCCAGAAAAUCUCCUUUUAAAGUCAAAAUAAUCUGAUUCUGAAAUUGUCGUUGCUGAUUUUGGUCUUGCUACUCGUAUAGAUAUUCCUAAUAUUUUGUUUAAACGUUGCGGUACUCCUGGUUUUGUAGCUCCUGAAGUUCUCCUUUACAAGGAAGGUGAUCCUUUUUACACUACUUAGUGCGAUAUUUUCUCUGCUGGUAUAAUAUUCUAUCUCUUAUUAGUAGGAAAGUAGCCAUUCUAAGGAAAGGACUAUAAGUAGAUUCUAAGAGCAAAUAAGGCUUGCGAAAUUAGAUAUGAUUUACCAGAGUUUGAAAAAAUUUCUAAUGCUGCCAAAGAUUUACUCAAAAAAAUGUUAGAUGCUCGUCCUGAACACAGAUUUUCAGCUACUUAAUGCUUAUAACAUCCUUUCUUGCAUCUCGAUGGAGAAUAUUAACCUGGCGAUAUUUCUUGUGGCAACUUGGGAUCUUAUGAAGUAGAAUUCUUAGCUAAUGUUCGUAACAAAUAGUUAGACUCUUAAGAAAUGAUUGGAUCUUUAGCUUUACACUCAACUGGAAAAUUACCAAUCAAUGGUAAUGUGAAUACUAUCGGAUCUCUCUCAACUUACUCUAACUCAUCUAUCACUAAUCUUGAAAGAAAAAAUACUUCUUCAGGUCCUGGUGCAAGUAUCUUUAAUAAAGGAAGAUCAGACAGUAUAGAUUAAAAUAUGACCGGCACUCCCUCUAGCCGUAAAUCUAACAACAAUUCACUAUUCAAGGCAACAUUGAUCAAAAACAGUUAUCACACCUCAUAAUUUGGUGGUAACGAAGAAAGAAAAGGUAGAGAUGAUGAAUACGAAGAAAAUUGUGAUGUUGGUGAGGAAAACUCUCCUGUUUGCAAUUCAGUUAACAAAAUGAAUAUAGAAAAAUCAAUGAAGCACAAUCCUUCUAAAUGCGAUGAAUCCUCUAACUCUCCUAAAUCUGCAGGUACUAUAGGUACUCCAACAAACUCUGCAAAGUAUGGAAAAUCUACUAUAGCAAAGAAAUGA